GUAGCUUGUCAUCGGUGUCGAGCCAAGCGAGGUCGCUGCACCGGCGAGAAACCUGUCUGUGGGGCAUGCGCGAAGGCCGAGGCUGAGUGUACAUGGCCAGACGGAAGAAGAAGAAAAAGGACGAGACGAGAGAUGGAGGAGGAAGAGAAGAUUGAGAAGGAUAGACAGAUUGUGCUGCACGGGCACAAUGCCCGUCAGCGUGUGCUCAUUCCAUCUGAGCCAAGUACGUCGUCUGCAGUCCCCUGGAACAUGUCACCUCCUUCCAGGACUCCGCAAUGGGAUUCACACAAUACGCGAGAUCCUCCAACAAGCUGGGUGCAGGAUGAAUCGUCUACAAGCCCGGAUUUUCACACUCGACCCACAGUACAAUAUCCUGGAGAGCACACCAUAUCUAACGCAACUACUUACUCUUCGAGCAACGAGCCAAUAAAUCUAGCUCAUGUUUAUAAUCACUCUCACAACCCGACUGACGGUGAUUCUACCUCCACCAAAGACUUAGAAUUAUAUUACUACCGAUUUUCUGGUCAACCGGGUUCCACAGCGAUACACCCUGGUAUCAAUCGCAUCUCCCUCCGACUACAGUCUCGUGGCAAUGCAAUGCGAUCACGAGCUGCAGCGCCCAUACCUAGUGGGCAAGCCGUAGUACACGUUCCGUCUCGUCCAGAAAAUAUGUUCGACGAACAAGGACUGCCACUUCCCUAUAUUCAUUUACCACUGCUAGACACAUUUUUUCGCUCGAUCAGCCGCCAUUUUCCAAGUGUCAGUCGAAAGCGCAUGGAAGAGCGUUUGGAGACCGGGACAAUGUCCGCUUUCUUAUUGAAUUGUACGGACUUCAUAUGUAUUUUCAGAUUUCACGAUCCGGGCAAAGAAGACCCUGUAAAAGCUUGUGCGCCGUUCAUCACGAAGGCUCAAGAGUUGAUCGUACCAUUGUUACAUAUCCCGACGACAGACGUUGUAACGGGUUUGCUACUCCUCGCAUGGUCGAAUUAUGGGCAGAAUUCCGAGAGUGGACUAUGGGCUCAUGUAUUGCUCAGAAUGGCCAUUCGUAUGGCCAUGGAUCUCGGUCUUCAUGAGGUUUCGGAAAUAUAUGAAUCAUCGGCCCAUCUAGUGCGAACACGAUUGUUGUUCUGGUCCCUCUUCAUGUACGAUCGAAUUCUAUCUUUUAAUACCGGUAGACCACCUUCCAUUCCAGAAGAUAUAAUCGAGAUCCCAUUGCCAUCAGACCCCGAUUUCUUUCCUGAGCCAGCGCGGACAAAUGACCCCGCUGCUUCCGAUGAACCUGUAGAACCAGUGCCAUUUCAUUACACGGUGCGCUUGAUGGUGCUUUGCGGCCGCAUAGCGACCGUCUUGAACGGCUCCCGAGGGCGACUUCGCACUCUAGGUGGUGGAGCAGAGAAUCCAGACGCCCUCAGCGCGUUACAGUUGCAGCUCGUGCAAUUCUAUGCGACUCUUCCUGAGUCGUUGAGAUGGUCUGUGGACACGUUCAAGCAUCAAGAGGCAAGGGGUCAUGGGGGCACAUUCAUUAUGCUGCAUACCUGGGCGAAUGCCGUGAUGGCUCUUACUUAUCAUCCAGAAUUAACGUCAAGCCACUCAGGAGUAGAGACGCCACUCACACAGAACAUUGAUAGAUCUAUCAGACUCUCUCUUUCCUGCUCGCGUGCCGUUAGCGAAUGCAUGAUUUAUGCUGACCUUUUCCAAACAACUUCAUAUGUAUGCUCUUCGCCCCUAGCUUUCAUUUACGACAUGAAAACGAGCCUUUUGAACCGACCAACAGCGACUACGAGCACAGCUGAAACAACACCAUCAGCAGAGUUGAUAUUGAAGUCGCAGGCUCAAGAGAGUCUGAAAGCACUCAUCAAAGCGCUGCAAUGCAUGGAUCAUUACUGGGCUGGAAUAAACUACGUCUGUACCAUUCUGGAACAACGUGCAUCAGGGCUCGCGCCGAUCGAUGCCUCGUCUAGAGCCCAGCGGACGUUCAUUGCAUUGCCAGACCAGGGUCUCUUGCAUCGAUUCACAAGUCCUAAUCUCCCCCAUGACACCUCACCGCCCACGGAAACUUCAUUGAGCGCAUCAAUGGCGCGCGAGGCGCUUGAACAGAGCAAACAAAGUUACUCAGUCGACGAUCUCUUGUCAACAUACACCAUCGAAGAGAUCUACGUCCAGCCCGCGGCACUGUUCGAUCUCGAGCAGCUCAUCACACUUUGA